UGUUUUUGUUCUCAGCGUGUACCACCUUACCCCUCCUUUCUCUCUUCUCUCCACCCAUAUUAGACCCUUCCUCUUAAAACCUCCAAACCCUUCCACUUUCACUGUCUAGGUUUUUCUCUGUUUAAAUCUGACAUUACCCCACAGUUAUCUGAACACCAAUGCUCUAUGGGAGCUCAGAAGAGGCUCCUGGCGGCGGUUGUCGCUCUUCUUUGCAUCUUCCCUACAGUUUGUGGAGCUGAGGGAUGCAGCGGUUUUAGACAUCUGGAGAACGGACAGACGUUUUUCCGUUACGGCGGGCUGCUUGUGAUCUUCCAUUGUCACCGUGGCUACAAGCUCCAUGGACAUAAAACCAACAGCUGCGUGUCUGGACACUGGUCCCGAGACCCUCCAGUCUGUGUUGGCUCUGGCUGCUCCCACCCUGGACCUCUCAUCCAUGGGACAAGCAGCAGGAAUGAAGCUGGCUCUUGGGCAGUUUUCAGCUGUAACAGUGGUUUUAAACUCCAUGGGUCUUCUAUGUUGUAUUGUAAGGGUCGUACUUGGAAUGACACAAAGCCUGUGUGCAAAGAGUUCGACAUGAUGCGCCCUGACCUGCAAAAGCCAAACGUAAACCAGAACCUCCAGUCUACUGUAGGUCUGAAAACACAGCAGCAGUCCCACUAUGAUUCUCAUACACAGAUUGCCACUAAAGACAUACACCCCAAAUUCGGUUUCGAGAGGCAUCAAAAAGCUAAAGUUCUCAUUAAAGACAGGAUCCAGGCGGUCCACCCUGGAGCUCAAGAAACAGAUGAAGCUCAGCGUGGACCAGACAAGCAGACUGGAGGGCAUACCUCAGAUGCAAACGCUGUCAAAGCAGAAGCAGACAAACAAAGUGGAUUCAUGCAGGAAACACAAGUGCUGCUCACACCUGGUACACCGACAGCCUCUAGAUCUACGUCUCCAUCUGCUGCCGUUUCGUUUACCCAGCCGUCAGUGUCAGACACACAGGGGUCAUCAUCUUCAGCCUCCUCUGUGACGUUUGCACCGGCUUCACCCCUGCAUCACACCAGAACUGAAAACCCCUCCACACCUCAUCCUGAUGUGACGUCUUCGGAAACAGUAUCUCAGUCUCCUAAAGCUGCAGAUGAAGACCAGAAGGCCCACGCUGACCUCCAGUGUCUUCCUCUGUUUCAGCCUGGUCCUGCAGAUGAAGAGCAUCCCAUAGAGCACAGUCCCGCCUCCACCCCUUCAGACGCAGGAGAACCAGCGCUCGACGCCAGUUUACUUCCAACGAUCCAAAUGAAGACAGAAUAUCCCACCAGUAAGAUGAAGGACAGCACCCGACCUGCUCUGUUUUCCAGACGGCCUGUGUGUCCGUACCCUCCUGUACCCGCUCAUGGUACUUUCUACUUCCGUAACAUUGAGAAUCCAGGUCCCAGAGAGUUCAGACAUUACAUACAGUACGCCUGUUACCCUGGUUAUACGCUGGCUCAUGGAGACGUGCACAGCUACUGCCAGCGGGGGGGCGUCUGGAGCGGAGUCACACCUGUGUGUUUGGAGUUGACACCGUGCUCAGUUAACAAUGGAGGCUGUUCCCAGCUGUGUGUUCACUCCCAACACUACAACCAGAGCUCCAGUCAGACCCAGACCAGGACUCAGUGCCUCUGCAGACCUGGAUUCACUCUGCUGGAUGAUGGGCGAACGUGUCGAGAUUUCGAUGAGUGUGUGGAGGGGCAGCCCCGGUGUCAGCAGAGAUGCAUCAACACUUUCGGCUCUUUUAAGUGCGCCUGUGAUGACGGCUAUCAACCCGCUCCUAAUCAGACCUGCACAGAUGUGGACGAGUGCCUGCUGCCCACAGGUGUGACAGGUUGUGUGUUUGGCUGCAUAAACACUUCUGGGAGUUUCCACUGUCGGUGUCCUGUUGGUUAUAGCCUUCAGUCUGCAGACGGACACUGCCGAGAUACAGAUGAGUGUGCAGUAAACGAUGGUUUGGGACCAUGUUCGGAGCGGUGUCUUAACUCCCCAGGAUCUUACCGCUGCUCCUGCUCGUAUGGACACACCUUAGCAGGUGACGGACACACCUGUGUGGCAGAGUGUCCAUCUGGGUACAAGAAACAAGCAGCGCCUGAUAAUUCAACAUCAACUCUGAAAGAGGAGUGUGUAGAUAUAAAUGAGUGUGAGGAGGAAAGGUGCGAGUGGCAGUGUGUGAACCUGCCGGGCUCAUACCACUGCAUCUGUCCCAGAGGAUACACACUGCAAAGAGACGGCCGACGCUGCAAAGAUAUAAACGAAUGCAAUCGUAAAAACGGAGGGUGUUCCCACCUGUGUAUCAAUCAGAGAGGUACAUAUAAAUGUGCCUGCCCACCCUCCCAUCGCCUCUCCCCCUACAGCUGGAAGAAAUGUGUACCAAAACAACUGUGAAGAAUAAAUACUGAAGUAAAGUCCAUAAACGGUAUGGACUUUACUGUACAGUAAAGUCUAUUUCAGAAUGGGUUGCCACUAAGAAUCUAGAAUAAGGGUAAAAUAUUUAGAGGAUUCAUAAAACACUGAAAUGUAGUAGUAUUCACUUAUGAUUAAGAAGGAUUACUGUGCAGAAUAACUUAUAGAAAAGUGUAGUCCAUAUAUGGUCUGUUGAUCCACCUGAUUAGAACUGUAAACAGAAACAUGACAAAUUAUUUUAUUAUUGUAAAAACAUGCUGUAUACUUUAUUCUGUUAAUAUAUCAUCAAAUGUCUUGCAGAAAUAAAAUAAUUAAAUAGAAUUUAAAGUCUUAAUGUGUGUUUUUAGUGUAGGUUAACAUUUAUUUUAUGCAUCAACAUUUUGCUGUUUCCACCAACUUCGUUCAGACUUCUCACAGUAAAACAUCUUCAGCUUCUCCCUGUUCAGUAUCAGUACUGGGGCGUAGUGAGCUACAUGUACUUCACCUACAUUAUGCAGUACUUUUUUUUGUUAUCAUUCAACUACAUUCAGAUUUACAUAAAGAUCUGAUGUUUGUAGUUGAGUACUGAUGCUACCAACACCCCAACACUGAUCCACAUACUCCAGACUCUCAGCUACUUCCCAGAUUUCUUUCUUUACAUACUUUGUUCCCUCACUUUACACACAUACAGUACACAUUUUAGUAUAAAUAUACUGUUUUUCUUAAUAUAUUGAGUAAAUAUAAAAUCCUACUGUACUGUACAGCAUAUACUAUGUAUAUAAAGCACUAGUAUAUAACGGUAUUUAAGUUAAAUUAAACAUAAAUUAUAAAUUAUCUUCACUGAACACUGUUAACAGACAGUUCACAUGUUGAUACACAAUUUCUAUAUCUGUAACCUACGCAUACAGUCCAACACAGAUGCAGAGAUUGUCAUUCAGACUACAAAAACACAAGACAGACACAGAAAAACACAAUAUUAUCACAUUUGGCAUUCAGAGGAAACUACAACUCCUCUUCACAUAACAGGCAACAUUAACACACAACUGCAUCAAGAAUGUUUUAGUCUCAUCGGCAAUAAAUUAACCCUUUCAUGCAUAGUGGUCGCUACAGUGGACAGUUAUUCUACAGCGGUUCUCUUAUAUAUUCAUGUAUUUUGU